AUGAAACAUAAACUUUCAACAGCUAGAAAAUCAAAAAGAAAAUUCUUGGAAAAUCGAAUGAAUAUUGCUUUCGGAUACAUUCCCAUAGAAUUUUACAAAGAUAGGGAAUACGUUUUGGCAUCCAUCAAGAAGAAUGGCUCUCAUUGUCUCUAUGAUAUUCAUCCAGAAGCCUUCUCCGAUCGUGAAAUUCUAUUCGAAAUGUUAAAAUCCCUUAAAAAUGAUAAUUUUGCAUCUGUUCCAAUUGACAAUGAAAUAUUGAAACCAUUUGCUAAUGAUCGUGAAAUUGUCAAAUUAUUAAUUCACCUAGAUUCUUCUUUCUUUGACAAUCAAAAAUUCAAAUUCGAUAGAGAAAUGGCUCUAUUGGCAUGCAUUUCAUGUUCAGAUAACUGUUUCGGGAUUAGUACGGAGUUUAUGGAGGAUGAGGAGUUUGUUUUGAGUGCUAUUGAGGAGAAUUAUUCAGUAUUCAAUACAACAAGUGAUAAAUUGAAAAAUGAUAAAGCAUUUAUUAGAAAGGCAUUGAAGAGAAAUGGAAAGGUAAUUUACGAGUUGAGUGAUGAGCUGAUGGGUGAUGAGGAGCUCAUUAAGAUUGCUAUUGAACAAAACCCAAUGGUAUUCGAAGCGAUAUAUGAAAAUGAGAGUAUUAAUUGUGGAGCAGAUGUUAUCAAGAUGGCUGUCGAGAAGAAUGGACAGUUAUUGCAAUUUGUGACGGAAGAUUUGGAGAAUUUUGAUAGAAUUGCAGUGAAACAGAAUCCAUUGGCAUUGGAUUAUGCAAGUGAUCAAUUGAAAAAUGAUAGAGAUAGUGUUCUGGAAGCUGUCAAAAAGGAUGGAUCUUGUUUUGUUUAUGCAUCUGAAGAAUUGAGAAGUAAUUCUUCAUUCGUGCAAGAGGUAAUUGAUAAUUGUGCAAUUCCAAAGGAAAGCAAUGAAAUGCAUCACGUUCUACUCCUCAUUUUGAAAGAAAAAGGAUAUUGCCCUACCUCUGUCUAUGAAGCAUUGAGAAAUAUUGAUAAGGAACUUGCUUUGAGAAUAGUUAGCAUUCAUGGAGAGAUGAUUUGUAUAAUGGUCGAUUGGCAGAAUGAUAGGGAUGUGUUACUGACAGCAUUUGAAACAUGCACUUCAUCUACAGGAAGAAAACGUAUCUGCUCAAAUAUUUAUAUUACUGAUAAGGAGUUAAUUUAUGAGAUUUUUGUAAAAUAUUCCACUGAUAUUAUAGGUCAAAUUUAUGAAUUGGAUGUUGAAUUGUUGAGAAGAUUGCUUCAAAUUGAUGGUUCUGCAUUUCGUUUAAUGGAUGGAAAGUUUAAGGAUGAACCUAUACUGAUUGAAGAAGCUUGGAAACAAAGUGGAUAUGUUGAUGGGCCAUCUGAUGAAUUAUAUACGAAACGUAUGGAAUAUGCCUAUCCAGAAUUGUAA